UUUACACACGCACAUAUUUUACUCAAAGCACUCGGUGUCCUUUGACCUCUGUCGCUUUUAAAAGAGAGACCCGACCUUGAGGAGACUUGAGUCGGAGUUGCUGACGGAGCCGUUUGGGCCGUCCGUCACAGACGCGGAGCUUCAUCGCUGAUCUCUCAACGUAUCGCAAAGGGAGCUGUGAUGUUUGUCGUGUCGCGGACUAAAAGUUGUCAUCACUUGGACACGACGAGCUGCUCAUGAGGGACCUGAAAACGAGAAACCAAGAGGAUUCUCGCUGUCGUCACUUCAGUUGAGGUCCUCUGUGCCUUACAAAUCCCAAGUGACGCCAGUUGAUCUGCAUCGAGACGUUCUCUGAUCUCCACCGUCUCCAUUCAGGAGGGAGAUGAGGUUGGUGGGGAGCCUGCAGCUUGUUCUGCUCGUGGCCUUGACCUCCACAGCCACAGGCCUCUACAUCCCUCUGGAAGUGGAGCAGCCUCCAGCCAUAAUAACUCGCACAUCUGGUCCCAUUAUUGCCCUCCCUUUUGACAACACCAUUACUAUCAGGUGUAAAGCCAGGGGCAACCCACCACCAGAGUACAGAUGGACAAAGGAUGGCGAAGAGUUUGUCCCUCCCUACAUCAUGACAGACCACACAGAUGGCACCUUUGUGCUUCACAACAAGCAUCUUGUCACGUUUCAGGGUAAAUACCGAUGCUACGCUUCCAACAAGCUGGGAACUUCCAUGACGGAGGAGAUUGAACUGAGAGUUCCCAGUGUCCCCAAGUUUCCAAAGGAGUUUAAUGUACCCAUUGUUGUUAAGGAGGGAGAGCCAAUCACCCUGGAGUGUAACCCUCCAGAAGGCGUGGCCCCACGGCAGAUCUACUGGAUGUCUAUUGGUCUCAAGCACAUUGAGCAGGAUGAGAGGGUUUCCAUGGGCGCUGAUGGCAACCUGUACUUCUCUAAUGCCUUACAGAAAGACAGUCGGCAGGACUACUGUUGCUUUGUUGCCUUCACCAAAAUACGCACCAUCGUCCAGAAAACCGCCAUGGCUGUCGUGGUCACAAACUUGAAACAUGGCAAUGAGUCUGCUGACGGCGGCAAUUCCACUAAAGCCCCCUCAGUGAGAAUACCCGGCCUGCUGCUGCCCUCUGGUGUUCAGACAGAGAAAGUGCUGUUGAUGGGAGAGAAUCUGCAGCUUGAGUGUAUACCACAGGGAUAUCCCACUCCAACGAUAACAUGGAUGAAAAUGGGAGACAAGCUGCCUCUUCGGACACAAUUUCUCAACUUUGGAAAGCUGUUGUCCAUAUCUUCAGUAGAUGAGUCGGAUGGUGGGAAAUACAUGUGUAAAGCCCAAAACUCUGCUGGAGAGGCUGUCCACUACAUUGAUGUAAUAGUGGAAGACCGGCCAAAGUGGGAGACAGGGCCUCCUCAAGGCCAGCUGACCGUGAUUGGGACUGAUGUUCAAAUCAAGUGCUCGGUCAGUGGCAAACCCACGCCAGACAUAACAUGGAGGAGGAAUGGAGAAUUGUUCAGCGAUGACCCGGGGAGCAGCAAGCGAGUGUUUGAUGACACCGUGGUCCUCCAUAACGCCCAAGCAGAGGACAGUGCCAUCUACCAGUGUGAAGCCUCCAACAGACACGGCAGUGUCCUGGCCAACAUUAACAUCAUGGUCAUGAAUAUGGCUCCACGAAUACUGACAAUUGACUUCCAAGAGUAUGCUGUAGUAGUAGGAAGGGACAUCGUCAUCAACUGCAGUGUUUUCGGCUCUCCACCACCCACCAUCUCCUGGGCCAAAGAUGAGACUCUAGAGCCCAUCGGGGGGGAACGAUUUUUUUCUCUGAAUGGAUCUUUGCAAAUCAUCAGUGCCGAAAAAAACGACAGCGGGAAAUAUGUGUGUGUUGCCUCUAACAAGGAGGGAAAGUCAGCGGUCACCGCCGUGCUGGAUGUGAAAGACCCUACAAAAAUAGAAUACCCACCUCAGGACGUGCAGAUCAUCAGUGGGACCACAGCCCAGUUGAUGUGCCAGGCAGAGUUUGACGAAAGCCUGCGUGGAACCUUUAAGUUGGCUUGGAGGAAGGAUGGGGAGGAGAUCCCACUUCUCCCUGAGGAAAAUUCCAGAUACUUUAUGGAUGAUGGCAUGCUGCAGAUCAUGAGUGUGAACCUGAGUGAUCAGGGAAUAUACACAUGCAUUGCGAGGACCAGCCUAGAUGAGGACAAUGCCACUGCACUACUCACUGUACUGGACGUUCCCGAUGCUCCAAGAAAUGUAGAGAUAUCCGAAAUGAAGAGCCCGAGAAAUGUUCACCUGUCUUGGAUACCUGGGAGUGAUCACAACAGCUCUGUAACAGAAUUUAUAGUGGAGUAUGAGGAGAGCCAAUGGGAGCCCGGCAGGUGGAAGGAGCUCCAGAAAGUCCCCGGUAACCAGGCAACAGCCGAGCUUGCACUACAAGGAUACCUUAACUACCAGUUCAGAGUGUAUGCUGUUAAUGUUGUUGGACCUGGACCCCCCAGUGAGCCCACUGAAAGAUACAAAACACCUCCUGUUGCUCCUGAAAGAAACCCAGAAAACAUCAAAAUUCAAGGCCAUCGCCCUCAUCAAAUGGACAUAAGCUGGGAGGCCCUGUUGCCUAUUGAACACAAUGGCCCAGGCCUCGAGUACAAGGUGAGCUACAGGAAACUGGGCGUGGAAGAUGUCUGGAAGGAGCAUCUGGUGAAAAGGCAAUCCUUUGACGUGAAGAACACGUCCACUUAUGUACCCUAUGAGAUCAAAAUUCAGAGCAGGAACAGCCACGGCUGGGGACCAGAUCCUAAAGUUGUCACUGGUUACUCUGGAGAAGACGUCGUCUUUUGGCAUUGUCUGCGGCAAAAUGUGUCAGUCCCGACUGCAGCACCACGGGACAUAGCAGUGGAGGUGAUCAACACCACCGUCCUGAGAGUUAGCUGGACCCCUGCUCCACCUGCCACAGUGAGAGGUCAUCUGGGGGGCUACGAUGUUCACUGGUUGAGGAAACGAAGUUGGCUGAACCCCAACAAGAUUUUAGAUGAGCGCCGGUCGCUGUCUUUUCCUGGGAAGAGGACUCAUGCCAUCGUGCCGGGCCUUGAACCUUUCUCCGAGUACAGACUCACUGUCAAUGUUUUCAACAAGAAGGGCAAUGGCCCCAACAGUGACCCGGUCACCUUCAACACUCCAGAGGGAGUUCCUGAGCAAGUGCCCAUUCUGACUGCCUCCAACGCUCAGAGAGACUCCAUUUUGCUGGUUUGGGGCCCACCGCUGGAGAAGAACGGCGUCCUCACUGGUUAUCUCCUGCAGCACCACCUCAUUAAUGAGACCACACUGGAGGUGGUUGAUUCCCAGGAGACGAACAUCACUGGGGCUGACACCACCCAGUGGCAGCUCCAUGGUCUAGAGGAGGGCAGCCUCUACCGCUUCCAUCUCAGAGCCUGCACUGGAGCAGGUUGUGGACCUCCGAUGGUCCAGGAGAGCAGCACCGUUAAUCCAGCACGUGAUGGCAACUGGCUGGUAUCAGAGGCUGUAAACGCUUCUCGAAGUUUCCACGUUAUUGAUGGGCUCAAACCGGGGACCGUGUACACCGUGCGCCUCAUGACCAAGCGGCUGCUCGAUAAUGCUAGCAUUUUUGAAGGUGUUAUCCAGACCCGAGUCAAAGGUGCAGAAAGUCAGCAGAGCAACUUUUCGACCCAGGGCUGGUUCAUCGGGACCUUGUGUGCUGUGGCGCUCCUCACCCUUGUCGUGCUCAUGGCCUGCUUUGUGCGGAAACAGAGAGGUGGCAAGUAUGCAGGUACGCCGCCGCCGCCGCCCCAGCGGCAAGACGUGUUCUCCAUGAGGAAAGUGAAAGAGAAGGAGGACCUCCACCCUGAUGUGGAGUCACAAAGAAUGAAUGAUGACACCUUCUGUGAAUACAGUGACAGCGAAGAGAAGCCACUAAAGGGCAGCAGCUUGUGUUCCCUGACUGGAGACGACGCGUUGGGGGACAGCGUCAGCAGAGACAGCAUGGUUGACUACGCCGACAGUGAAGGAGAAUUCAACGAGGACGGUUCAUUUAUCGGGGAAUAUUCUGCACGCACACACGGAGGCUCUGUUAGCGAGCCCAGUGGACCCAGACCAGUCACUGUAUGAAGCCAGUCUAAAAGGUCGACAUCAAAUAUUUUUCAAGAUACUUCUUUUUAUAUUCGGCUUCCCUGGGAUUAAAUAUAGCAUGAAUAGCCAAAUAUGGGGGGAUACAAAUGACUCAAAUGUUCAGAUGUUUUGCCCAGGGACUGGAAAGGAAAUAACACACCCACCACACACGUCGGUGUAAAAACCAUGUAAGUCUUUGUACAUACUGUAAGAGAAUGAACUGUAUCAUUUGAUUU